GGGUGCGGGUCAUUCCCCAGCGGUGAAUUCCUGGGGUGCGGGUCAUUCCCGGGCCGUGGGUUCCCGGGUUGGGGUCACUCCCAAGGCCGCCCGUGGCUUGCAGAGCUCCCGCGGUGGGGCCGGCCGGGCGCGUCCCCCCGAUGCGGGCAGGAGCCGGCGCUGGGCCAUGAGCAACGCCACGGCGCCCACGGCCGCGGGCGCGGCGGGGGACUCGCUGGUGGGCUCCGUGCUGGGGCCCUUCCUCCUCCUCACCCUCCUCGGCGCCCUCCUGGCCGCGGUGAUGUACGUGAAGAAGAAGCGCAGGUCGGACCGGCUGCGGCACCGGCUGCUGCCCAUGUACAGCUACGACCCGGCUGAGGAGCCGCCCGAGUCCGAGCAGGAGCUGCUGGUGGAGGCUGAGGAGGCUCAGGUGGUGCCCGGCUGGGGGGGACCCUCACCCCCUUGGCCCCCGCGCCGGGACUGGAGGGCCUGACCCUGCCUGGAGCGCCGGGACCGGAUCCUGCCCGCGGGAGGGAAGGGAGCACGGGGGCAGCGCUGGUUUCAUUGGCCAGAACGGGCAGGACGUGCCCACGGUGGUGCCAUGAUGCCACAGCUGCUGUCCCCACCUCUGAGCACUGACCAGGAUGGGACAUCUCCUACCUCAGUGCCUGGUUUUGCCAUUUUUGGGGUUUUUUUUUGCUUGAACUGCUCCAGCAGCCCCUUGGAAAGCCCGGGAGGGCCCCCUGGGGCUGGCAGACUGGCAGGGAGCAGCAGGUUCUGCUGGCACGGGAUGCCUGGGGGAAAACGGGGUAAAUAAACGUGUUUCUGCCUUGGU